AUGUGGCGAACGGUCGUGAUAUUUUUCCUCGUGAAUAGCGUUCUCGCUCAAGAGGAAGAUUUUAAAACGGUCGCUCUAGAAGACGGGAUCGUGAGAGGUGAAAAGUAUUGGGAUGGUGAAUUUUAUCAAUUCUUCGGUAUACCGUACGCUACGAUACCAAAAGGAAGGGAUCGAUUUCAGGCACCCCUCCCCGUUGAGCCAUGGGAAGGAGAAUUAGAAGCAUCGAAGAAAACAACGAUAUGUCAUCAAUGCUAUUAUACGGGUGAUAAUAAUGAUGAAAUUAUGCUAGACGGAGAAGAUGAAUGCCUUCUUAUUAACUUGCUCGUGCCUAAAGUAGCAUCAGAUGAUAAUCUGGUACCCGUAGUUGUUUACAUACAUAGUGGAGCAUUUUCCGGUGGAAGCGGUAACAUGGCACAUUUCAAUUAUUUAGCAAGACAUGACGUAAUCACUGUCAGCUUCAACUACAGACUAGGCGCAUUUGGUUUUGCUUGUCUAGGCAAUAAAGAAAUACCUGGAAAUGCUGGUUUGAAAGAUCAAGUUGCCGCUUUGAGGUGGAUUAAUAAGAAUAUCAAAAACUUCGGUGGUGAUCCCAAUCAAGUUACUCUUGCAGGAUUUAGUGUGGGUGCAGCAAUGGCUGAACUUCUUUCGUUAUCUGAAGCAACGACUGGUUUAUUCAACAAAUUAAUUUUAGAAAGCGGUUCCGCAUUAUCACCUUUUACUAUUAAUAGAGAUCCAUUAGCUACAGCCAAAAACGUAGCAUUAUCACUUGGUUAUAAUGGAACGGACAGUUUGGACGAACUGACAGAAUUUUACCUAAAUGCUACUGUUAAAGAUUUAGCAGAAAAAAGUUUAAAUUACUAUUUAAAAAAUAGUACAUUCGGUUUCGCCCCUUGUAUCGAGAACAUAAUAGAAGGAAUAGAACCGACAAUAACAGAGUCUCCCUUAGAAUUAAUGAAAAAAGGUUUCAACAAGGAUAUUGCGAUUAUAACAGGCUUCUCAAAUAUGGAAGGUAUUAGUCGGACUAUAAAGUUCGGUGAAUGGAGAGAGGAUAUGAAUGACGAUUUUUCGGAAUUCCUUCCAGCAGAUUUAAAAUUCAAUGAUGAAAAAACUAAAAAUGAUAUCAUUCGAGAAAUUAAACAGUAUUACUUCGAUGGUAAAGAGGUGAAGGCUGACACCCUGCAUAAUUAUGUGAAUUACUUCUCUGAUUCUAUGUUCAAAUAUUCCAUUAUGAGAUCUGCUAAAUUACGUGCGAAAACGACCAAAAAACCUGUGUACGUGUACCAGUUUUCUUUCGUUGGUAAAUUGAAUAUAGAACAUAAUUACAUGGACAGACUUAAGGGCGCAAGUCACAGAGAUCAGACGGCGUAUGUGCUUGACUUUUUUGGAUGGACAAAUAAUUAUAAAGAUUUAGAUACGAGAGAAAGAAUGACUAUGAUGUGGUCUGACUUCGUUAAAUAUGAAAAUCCAACAGCAUUCGAAACUACUCUAAUUCCCUUCAAUUGGCUACCAUAUACGAACGAAGACCAAAACUAUAUGGAAAUCGACAAAAAAUUGCAAAUGAAGAUGGGCUUAUUCGACGAGGAAUGGAAGUUUUGGAAUAAAAUCUAUGAAAAAUACUAUUGGAAUCCAACUGCACCACGGCUUCCAGACAUUAAACAAUAA